AGUUUGAAGCGUUGGAACGUCCGAACCCAAAUGAAGAACCUCCCGUCUUUCUCUCCCGUUUCUCUAUGUGCUCUGAACUAAAGUCCUAGAGAGAGAGAAGCAUUAACAAAGACCUUGCCCCUAACCACAAUGGCGACCAGUUCUGCACAAGCGAACAUGGAAGACGUUCCCUCUGUCGAUCUCAUGUCUGAGCUCCUCCGUCGCUUCAAGUGUUCCGACAAGCCAGACAAGCGCCUCAUUCUCGUUGGUCCACCUGGAUCAGGAAAGGGUACCCAAUCACCAAUUAUUAAGGAUGACUACUGCUUGUGCCACUUGGCUACUGGUGAUAUGUUAAGGGCUGCUGUUGCUGCAAAAACCCCGCUUGGGGUUAAGGCUAAAGAGGCUAUGGAUAAGGGAGAACUUGUUUCUGAUGACUUGGUUGUUGGCAUUAUAGAUGAAGCUCUAAAGAAGCCCUCAUGUCAGAAAGGUUUCAUUCUUGAUGGAUUUCCGAGGACUGUGGUCCAAGCACAAAAGCUUGAUGAAAUGCUGGAAAAGAAGGGAGUCAAAGUUGAUAAGGUGCUCAACUUUGCAAUUGAUGAUGCAAUCUUAGAGGAGAGAAUUACUGGUCGCUGGAUACACCCAUCCAGUGGUAGAACCUACCACACCAAAUUUGCACCUCCCAAAGUUCCAGGAUCUGAUGAUGUUACUGGAGAACCUUUGAUUCAGCGCAAGGAUGAUACUGCAGCAGUUCUCAAAUCAAGGCUGGAGGCAUUUCACAAGCAAACUGAACCAGUUAUUGAUUAUUAUUCCAAGAAGGGCAUUGUUGCCAAUCUUCAUGCAGAAAAAGCUCCCAAAGAGGUCACAACUGAGGUUCAGAAGGGUUUGCAAUGAAUCUCUUAUUGGCUGCUCACCAAGAACAGAGUUCUCUAGAAUUCCAGGCCAGAUGGAAUGCUCCUAUACAAGAAAAUCCAACAAACAAGCCUUGGGGGUCACCUUAGGCCAUGGAAAACCUUCCCCAUGGAUCCCAAAACAGGGAAACACCCACCUACGGGAAAGCUUUUCUCCGUGUAAACUGCAGAAAAACACAGAACCAAGGGGCAAUCACUCAUAUGCAUGGACCAAAAGACUCCACUCCAUCGACCCUUUCUACUGCCGAAGCAAUGGCUGAAUUGCUAUCUUGGGCUGAAUCAAACCUUCAUUGGCCAUUGCAGGCGGUUCCAUACACAAUUGACUGAUUCUCCUCCCCCUUCAUU